GCCUUGCUGCACAGUUGAGCCGUUAAGGAAACGGUGAAGCAAAUAGAAACGGUAUGCGCAGGCAUAAUGAGGUCACCCUGUUGGCUUUCAUCAACGCUGCAGCUUCUGAGCACAUGAAGACAUAAUUUCACUGACACGCGUUGUUAAUAUCGGUCACUUUUAAAUGAAAAGUCAGAACGGGCAUGGCGUCCCGCGUUGAGGGCUAACAGAAAGCUAAAUUGGGUCAGAGUGGGGCUGGGAUGUGACGCCUUGUGGAAGCAUCUGCAGGAAGGCAACCUCAGAAAAAAGCGAGAUGAAGGCAUGAAUGCCACGGAGGGACCAGAUGAUAAAGGUGUUACCCAUGAAUGAGAAAAACACACAAAGCUCUACAGAUCUUUUAACCCCCCACAACUGGAGCCCUCUGAGAAGCUUGUGAAGAACUUCAGAGAAAAACGGAGGGAAAUCUUGUUCGUACAGCUUCUUUUACCUGUGAAUACUACAGAAGCUUCAGCAGAGUGUUGCUUUUUUAGAGACAAAGGACAUAGGGCUGGGUUGGUGUAGCUCCCUGCUUUGGCUCAUUCAUGCCCGUCAUGAGCGUACCUGCCCAACAGAAAGCCAGCGCCAAAAGAACGGGCAAACGGAUCACAUUUUUUGGCGAUCACGGCGGAGACUCAAUGAAGGAGACUUCACAGCAUCCUGACGGGGCUUACUUUGUCCCGAGCGGCCCUGCCUCAGAGUCUGGACAAAGCGAGGCGGCGAGUACUGUGAGCUCCAAUCCAGAAGGUCCUCACAUGUACCUCAACUCUGUGAUCUUCAGCCCAGAUAAGGGGGACCAGAGCAGGGGUCACUAUCAGCAGACUGUGCCAAUGAAAUGGGCUAACCCAGAGCCCAGCCAACAACAGCAGCAACAGCAGAUAGCUGCAUCUUGGACCACUAUGCCUAACUGGGGGCCAGCCUUUGCAAACUACACAAGGACCCAGAAUGCAUUUGUCAAACCGAUGCACGACCCUGCCGGCUUACAGCCGCAUCAGCAGCCGGUGAACAGAGCAGCGGAUGCAGCAAAGUCUCGAGCGCUUGAGUGGGAGCAGCAGCAGCAGCAGGCUUCCCAAAUCUUUCAGGAGACGCUGAAACCCGGAGUGCUGAACGCUCACCAGCAGGGCUCCUCCCACCCUGGAGGAAGCUCGGUCUUGCAGUCCUUCCAGUUAGCCUUUGGUCAGCCCAAACAGCACCUGCCCGCUUAUUACCAGACCUUCCAAGGGAACAGGAACACACUACCUAACCUGCCUAACUACUCGGCGCCUAAUUCUAAAUCCUCGCUACACUUGCAGCAGCUGCAGAGCCAAGAACAAAUGCAACGACAGCAGCAGCAUCAUGUCAUCCAGCAGCAGAUCCAGCAGCAUCACCAGAUCAUACGACAUCCACACGUGCAGCAGCAGUUACACCACGAGCAGCAGCAACAAAAGAUGCAGCAGCUCCAGAUUCAGCAACAAAUGCAACAUCAGCAGUUGCAACAACAAAACCCCCAUGUGCUAGACUAUUUCUCUGGUGCACAAAAUGCGCACCCUCAUCCACAGCCUGUGGUGGUACACUCCCAGGAAUCCACCGCUCCAGCUCCCCCUAAGAUCCAGGAACCAGUGAUCCAAGACAUCACGCCAGAACCCCAGCAGCCGUCCGAUCCUCUGCAGCCCCCCCUGCUCCCCGAGCCCCCGUCGCAGUUACAGUCUCAGACACAGCUCAACUCCCAGGGGCAGCUCCGCAGGUCCCGGCGGCUGUCCAAGGAGGGCGGGGCGCCGUCUGACAACCCUUUUCUCUGCGGGUCCUCGGAUCAGGGAGGACCCGAAAACGGGGCCCGUGACGUUCAGGCAGCACCCACGGGGGUCAUCCAGAGCACACGCAGGAAGCGGCGGGUGUCCCAGGAGGUCAACCUGGAGAUGCUCGCCCAAGAGGCGUCAGAGAGGAAGUCUCCUUCGCUCAGUAAGGAGCCUCACAGGCCGUGGAGUCCCGCCACGGACGGCAUGAACGGCAAGCGGCCCCGAGACGACAGCCUCCUCCCGCUUGUCAUCCCCGUAUCUGUUCCCGUUCGGAGACAGGAAGCCUCGUCCCCGGAUAGGGACGGCGUGGCUCUGACGCCCAGCUGGCCUAACAGGCCUUCCAACCACCAGGACCUGGGCCGCGCCGAUCACAAGCCCUCUGUCAUCGUCACCCGCAGACGCUCUCUUCGAAACUCUUUGUCGGAAAGCUCAGAGCAGAACGAUGGCACAGAGGGGGAGAGGGACGAUGACGGCAAGAAGUCCAAACGGCGCCCCCGACCAGAGCCUCUCUUCAUCCCGCCGCCUAAACCUAGUUUCUUCAUCGCCCCGCCCGUCUACUCCAGCAUCACCCCCUACCAGAGUCACCUCCGCUCUCCGGUUCGCCUCGCCGACAACCCGAUCACGAUGCCCCCGUACACGCCGCCGCCGAUCCUCAGUCCCGUUCGGGAAGGCUCCGGCCUCUACUUCUCCACCUUCCUGUCGUCGGCUGCAGCCGGCGGUCCUGGCCUGCCCCCUCCCGCCACUCCCAAAUCAGCAACUCGCAGCUUGUUGCGUUCCAACAGCUGUGACAUCACGCCUCCGGUGCUGUCCGCCAUGAGUGAGACAACUCCAGUCAGCAUCGAACCACGGAUAAACAUCGGGUCGCGGUACCAAGCAGAGGUACCAGAGCUGAGGCAGAGGUCGGCUGUGGAGCUGGAUCGCCAUCGAGCAGAACUUGUUUGGGCCCCGCCCUCUGAACUGGAGGAAAAACCAGACUUUAAGGACAAGGUGGAAGUCCUCAUGCACCUGGCCUGUUCCAGUGUGUUAUAUGGAGGAGGCACCAACCAGGAAUUGGCGCACCACUGUUUGUACGAGAGCAAAGGGGACAUAAUGGCCGCACUGUCUCUGCUGAUGCUGAGGGAUCCGAUCUUCCCCAAGACCCAUCAUCUAUCCAGCUACCAUUACUCAGGAUCAGACAGCUGGACGGCAGCUGAGAGGCGCCUGUUCAAUAAAGGCAUGGCUGCGUAUAAGAAGGACUUUUUCAUGGUGCAAAAGCAGGUAACGACUAAGACCGUGGCGCAGUGUGUGGAGUUCUACUACACAUAUAAGAAACAAGUGAAGAUCGGCCGCACUGGGGCGCUGAUUUAUGGCGAGGCCGAGCCUUUGGAGAGCAGGACAGCAGAGGAGGAACUGGACCACAAGGCCUCUCAGAGAAUGGAGCCACAGCAGGAGGAGGACAGCAGGAAGUGGGAUGGUUCAGCUGACAGGAAACAGGAUGUUUGUCCCACCGGGGCGACACACACGCUGCCGUCCACAGAGAAUAUGGGGACGGUGCUCAUCAUGAAAGCCAAGGAGGAGGUGGGAAGGGAGCAGCCGUUGUCCAGAGUCAUCCACCACACCCAGCCACCCCAAACCAAGCCACGCUUUGAGGGCAACGCACGCAAGCCCAGCCCCCCUUCCAGCAACAAGGUUCCCGUGGGGCAGGAGGGCGAGUUCCCCUGCAAGAAGUGUGGCAGGAUUUUCUACAAGGUGAAGAGCCGCAGCGCUCAUAUGAAGAGCCACGCCGAGCAGGAGAAAAAGGCGGCCGCUCUGCGCCUGAAGGAGGCAGAGGAGCGAGCGGCAGCAGCCGAGACCGCCGCCGCCGCCAUGGCGUCAAGGCAGCAGAACGGAACGCGACCGGCGGGCGGCGACAGCGCCAACGACGACUCGUCGGGCGGUGAGGACGACGAGGACGAGGACUGGCAGAAUUAGGGUGGAUGGAGAGACUGGUUUUAUCAGGCAGGGCAGCUUAUUCUCUUGUAAAGAGAAGAAACAUUCACCCUCCUUUUAUAGAAACAGGAAACAACAGACAAUGCUCCAAGGCGUGCGAGCGUCUGGAUCAGUUCGUUUUCCAAACAUCCCCUUUACUCAGCUUGAAAAGCUUCUUCAAGAAUCAGCGCUCUUGCUCACAGGGCUCGGUGAAAUCAAAGCCAUGCCUCCCCUACCGGCGUCGCCCUGUGGAAUCCAAGCCGCAGCCUACUUUGAGUCCUAGCCUGCUCUGUUCCGACAGGCCCAUUGGACCCCCAUCUUCACCUUUAGUUGUUCUGCAGCCUGACCGCUGUGGUCAGGAUGAUGGAUAUCCGAGAGUUGGGAUGAAGUUGAAAAGAUGGAAGGAUUGGCGGCAUGUCUGCCUCUGUCGCCGCUCUGCUGCACUAACAGCCAAACUAGAAGCAUGAAAUCGGUUCUCUCGGUUUGUCCGAGCUUUGGUUCUGUGAAUCCCCGUCAUCACCCCCCCUUUCUUUCUUUCUUUUUUUUAUAAAGCGGACUUUGUUCCUAACUGUUUAUGCCUUAGAUGUUUUGACAAUUUCAUUUGAAAAUGACAAUCAAUUUUACACUGUUGGUGUUUUUUAUGGACAUGUAUAUAAACACAGGUCAACUUAAUUUUUCCCUCUGUAGUUAAAUGUGGUUCCUGUUGUUUUUCUUUGUGAAUAUUGUUGGUAAUUAUUAAUAAUAUCAUUAUUAUUAUCAUUAUUAACAUUAUUGUUAUAUUCUAGUUUUUGGCUGCGGUUUUAAGCUCUUAUUUUAAGCUUUUAUUUUCAACUUUUAUUUAAACAUAUGAUUUGCUCCUUGCUACCUGUUUAUAAAUGUGAUUUAUUUUAUUUUUUAUUAUUAUUAUUUCAUCUGGAGCUGAAAAAUGAAGAAAAGGCAGAAACUAUUGUGCAAUAGAAAGAGUCCACCCCCUGUUGUUUCAGCAGGGUGUUCUCUGUCAGCUCUCUAACUGAUAAGAGGUUCCGUUCAAAACCACAUUUCUCUGCGGAUUGGAGCGAGACGACAACAACCAGCCUCAUCUGAUCCCAAACACGCUCCAGUAUUGGCUUCCUCAGUGGGGGGGGGAGACGAGGCAUUACUCCAAUCUAAGCAUGGGCUGGUCUAUUUUGUCAAACCAUCACGUGGUAUAAGUGCCACGAUUUGGGAUUUCUACAAAGAAAAAAUAGGAUGUAAUGUAAAAAAUAAUCAGAUUGAUUAAUGCUAAUAUUUAGCAUGAAUAUUUCAUGUUGGUUCUGAUCCACAGAUAUAAGCAAAAAUAUGAACUAAACAUCAAAGAGUACAGGAGUCUUUUUUUCAGCCAGCUGAGCAGUAGGCGAUGCUUCCUCCAAGCUGAUGCUAGCCGCUAUGAGAGAAGCUUCCGGUUUUCUGUUAGUAAAUAAUUAACUUUCAUCAACCACCUUUAUUUCUUUGGAGAAGUAGAAAGUUGUGAUAAUUAAAUUAGAAUUUAGAACUAGAAUGUUCUGCCUCAUGCUUUCUACCUCAGCUUCGUAGCCCUACAGACUGUUAUCAGUAAGUUCCUUUCAGUGAAACUUAUUAUCUGAGCUCAGAUAAUGUGAAACGUGGAAAAACGGACAUUAGUUUCCUUUUUUUGACAUUUUAUUCUUCCAACCUAGAAUCCUUGCUAUAGGUUAAACUUUGAUUUGAUAAAAUCUCAAAGGUUCCUCGCAACCUGCUUCCAAAUGUUUCCUCCGCUCGCUUAAAAACCUGUUGAUGACAGUAAAUCGUUUACUGAAAAACUCCAAACCUUAAAACAGAUGAGAUGAAACCAUUUUCUGCUCUGAAUUGUCUUUUAUUAUUUUUCAGAUGAAUACGUUUACAGCCUGGACUGGAUUACUAACAUGAAAGCAUCUCUGUCUACAUUUGAAUUUUUGCACGGUGGUUCCAGAGAGGCUUGGUUACAAAUGAUUGUUUAGAUGAGGAUUAUUUUUUUUUUCAUUAAAUGAGGCUUUUAAAUGCCGACAUUAAGUUUCGUCUUUCAAAGCAGGCGGUUUGGAUCUGUGAUUCCCCUAUUCCUGUACACCUGAUACGAGGCACUGAGUUGGACCAUUGUAACGGUGAUUCAUCUGUUGCUACAUAUCCCAGUGUUAAGCCCUUUAGCCCGGAGCCGGCUUCAGCAACAAAUGGGUGAAAGGGUUGUUUCCUUUAAAAGGGGGUGGGGGCAGAAGGAGCAGUAUCAGCUCUGCUUACUCUACAAGUUAAAAAUCCGGGUCUAUGCACAGAGUGAGUGAGUGAGUGUUUUUGUUAGCGGUGUGUAUGAAAUCUGUGAGGUCAAAAAAAAAAAAUGUUUUGCAGACUGUUAACGUUUGGUAUGUUAAUUUAUAUCCUUUUUAUUUGUGCUUGUCUCAAGGUUCUUGUUUGGGUUUGGAUGGGGAGGGGGGGGGCUCAGGGCUAAAAAAAGGUUUCAGAGAACAAUUUUUAUGGGUGAAAAUUGAGGCCAAAAACUUCUCAUUUCAUCGGCCGGUUAAGGGAAAUUGCAGAAAUGUUUAUUAGCUAAAGAUUGGAAAUAUAUAUGAACGGAAUUCUAUGUUUGCAUACUUUCUAUGCUAUUUUCGUAUAGGGUUCACACUAAUGUUAAAACCAGAAAGGAAUCUCAAGAGCUUUUUACUACAGUGUAACUUAUUUGUGUUGAUUUGGUUUUUACCACCUGUUUUAGUAAGGAUUUAUGGAUGCACUGUAUAUUAAAGGUUCAAAACAUUCA